CCUCUCCAUCCCAAUCCUUACUUUCUCUCUCUAGACUGUGGCUGCUGUUGAAAAACUUGGGAUUAUAUAUAUAGUGGAGUGACUAUUCUUGGCUUUACAUAUUUACACAACCCAUCAUUACAAUACAAUUCAUUUCACUUAUCUAUAUAGAGAUAGAGAGAGAGAGGGUAUCUAGAGAAGGAAAGAGAAAGCAUAUCAAAAUGGGAAGAUCUCCAUGCUGCUCCAAAGUGGGAUUGAGGAGAGGGCCAUGGUCAGCAAAAGAAGACAAUUUACUCACAAAUUACAUCCAAGAACACGGGGAGGGUCAAUGGAGAUCUCUACCAAAGAAAGCUGGGCUUCUGAGAUGCGGCAAGAGCUGCCGGCUCCGGUGGAUGAACUAUCUCCGGCCCGGAAUCAAAAGAGGAAAUAUCUCUCAGGACGAGGAGGAUUUGAUCGUAAGGCUCCACGGCCUCCUCGGAAAUCGAUGGUCAUUAAUCGCCGGGAGGCUGCCGGGUCGAACUGACAAUGAGAUCAAGAACUAUUGGAAUACCCACCUCCUCAAAAAGCUCAGGACCGCCGGAAUUGAGGUUUCCCGGCCGGGGAAAGUGGCCGCCGCCGCCGCCGGGAAGAAGAAGAAGAAUAAGAAGCAGAAGAAGGGCGGCGGCGGCGAUGGAGUUUUGAAGGGUAAUGGAAGCGAGGGAGAGAAGACGAAGAUUUAUCUUCCGAAACCGACGAGGGUGUCGCCGGCGAUUGCGAGGGUGGAGAGCUACGACAGCCUGGCGAGCGGCGCGUCGUCGUCAAGCAGUAAUCCUGGGGAGAAGGCGGCGAUUUACGCGGCGGUGGGGUGGGCGCCGGCGAUUUUCGAUGUUGACGGCGCCGGCGCCGGCGAGGAUGAUUUUCUCGGCGGCGGGUAUGUUCUCCCGGCGAUCGACUCCGCCGAUUCGAUCUCGAGCGAUGUGGACAUGCUGGAGAAAGUCUACGAUGAAUACUUGCAGCUACUUCAAGAGAAUUGAAAAUAAUCGGCGGCGGAGGCGCGGCGGCGACGGUGCCGGAAAUAUGUUCAGUAAAUAAUAAUAAAAAUAAUAAUAAUAAGAAGAAGGAAGAAGAACAAGUUUGUGUGGUUGGUGUUUUCUCGACUAUGCUAAUGGCUUUUACAUUGUUUUAACUAUUUUGAGUUAAAAAGA